UUGGGCUUCGGCGUGACGGGCGCGGCGUGCAAAAAAAUGGCCAACCAUUAGUUCAAACUCCUCUCUAUAAAGACAGUCAUAAAAGUAAUAAUCAGAGUUGAUGUUUUUUUAUAAUGACAAAAAGUUAAAUUUCUCCGUCGCCGAGGGAGUCCAAUCCCAACACGGCGACGACGACAAACAAACAAGGAAAUCGCCUCCUCCUCCUCCUCCUCCUCUUCCUCUUUCCCUCGCUCUGCCAUCUGCCCCCAAAUUCCCCUCCCCACUCGCUCGCGUCGCGAUAGCAAGCAACGCGCAGGUGCUGAAACUCGUGUACUGUUGAUGGAUGAUGACUGUUCCCAUGGAUAGUGCUAGCGCAGCCCCAUCCUCCACGCGGGACCUUGCCGAGCGUCUCCUUACUAGGAAUAAUGAACUUGAAGACCAGCUUCGUAAGUCCGCACAAUCCAAAGUCCCAUCAGAUCCCAACAUAUGGCUUCAGAUGCGUGACAACUUUGAGAAGAUAAUUCUCAUAGAUCACGACCUCUCUGAACAGAGAGAUGUAGAGUAUCUCCUAUGGCAGUUGCAUUACAAAAGAAUUGAGGACUUCAGGAGGAACAUUAGUGCAGCUAGCUCACUUGCAUCUCAGAGUGGGAAGAGCAACACUAACCCAGAUCGAGUCAAGAGAAUUAAAUCAGCCUUCAAAAGCUUCCUUUCAGAAGCAACUGGCUUCUAUCAUGACUUGAUGUUAAAGAUCAAAUCAAAUUGGGGCCUUCCACUCAAUUACUUUCCAGACAGCCUUGACAAUGCAAACAACUCUGUGCGAGAUGACAUGAAAACAGUUCAAUUGAAGAAAGGUUUGAUUUCAUGCCAUCGGUGUCUGAUAUAUUUGGGAGAUCUUGCUCGUUACAAGAGUUUGAAUGGUGAUGGUGAUUCUGCUAGUCGUGAAUACACAGCGGCUUCUAGUUACUACAAGGAGGCAGCUUCUAUCUAUCCUUCCAGUGGCAACCCUCAUCAUCAGCUUGCUAUACUAGCUUCUUACUCCGGCAACGAGGUGGUGGCUGUUUAUAGGUACUUCCGAAGCUUAGCUGCAGACACUCCUUUUGCCACUGCACGGGACAACUUGAUUAUUCUUUUUGAAAAGAAUCGCCAAAGCUAUGGACAGCUGCCAGACAACAGCAAAGUUCCUAGCACUAAGACAUUACCCCCACGGCCAUCUGGGUGGGGCCGAGGACGGGGAGAAGUAAGGUUUCAACCAAAAGAUGUUAAUGCAGAAACAGCUGAAAGGGAACGCGAGUGCAAUAAUGGUGAUACAUUGAAGACCUUCUAUAUAAGAUUCGUCAGGCUCAAUGGAAUUCUUUUCACGAGGACCAGUUUGGAAACAUUCGGGGAGCUGUUUUCUUCAGUUAGCAAUGAUUUGCAGAUUCUUCUUUCUUCUGGUCUUGAAGAGGACCUUAAUUUCGGUUCUGAUGCUGCAGAAAAUGCAUUGGCUGCUGUUAGACUUACUGUCAUCCUUAUAUUCACAGUGCACAAUGUAAAUAAAGAGCCUGAUAGGCAGUCUUAUGCUGAAAUUGUGCAACGCAGAGUACUGCUCCAAAGUGCGUUUACGGCUGCUUUUGACUUUGUUGGACGAAUUCUCAGAAGGUGUUCAGAGCUCCAUGAUAUUGCAUCAAGCUUCUAUCUGCCAGCCAUUUUGGUCUAUAUUGAAUGGCUGGCGUCCCAUCCAGAGUUGGCUGUUGAUUCAGAGAUGGAGGAAAAGCAUGCAAAUGCCAGGUCUUUCUUCUGGAGCCAAUGCAUCUCAUUUAUGAAUAAGUUGAUCCUUACCAACCUUGCAUCUGUGAAUGAUGAUGAUGACGAGGCUUGCUUUUCUAAUAUGAGCAUUUAUGAGGAGGGUGAAACUGGCAACAGGUUUGCCCUUUGGGAAGAUCUUGAAUUGAGAGGUUUUCUGCCCUUGCUUCCUGCACAUACCAUUUUGGAUUUCUCAAGCAAACACACAUUUGGAAGCACCAAGGAGAAGAAAGCACGGGUUCAGCGAAUUUUUGCUGCAGGAAAGUCACUGCUUAACUUUGUUCAGAUUGAUCAGUUGAGAAUUUAUUUUGAUUCAUCAUCGAAGAAGUUUGUUAUGGCCAAGAACCCUCCUGUUUCUAAAACUAACACCCCUCUUCACGAAUCUCCUGAUGCACUUAAAACAAGUGGCACUGAAAUGGAUUAUGAGGCUGCUAGAAGAUUUGAUUCAGUUUCUUCUAAUAUGGGCACACUGCAGUCUAAAGUGCAGUUUUGUCCUGAUGGUGACGAUGAUGAAGAAAUUGUUUUCAAGCCAACAGCUUCCGAAAAGUUUCCGAAAGCUCCUUCAGAUCUGUUGGUUAAUGGAUACACUCAUCCUGUACCUAUGUCUACUGCUGGCUGGCCAACCAAUGCUAGUUUAGUGCCUGUUCAGAGCACUGGAUCAAUGACUGCAACUGGUUGGCCACCCAAUGGUGGGUCAAAUGCUUUUCCAAGUACUGCAUCUCUAUCAGCUGCUGGUAAUUACAACAUUAACCAGUCGCUUCCCAGGUCUUCCGUUGGUUGGGCUGUCAAUGGUGAGCAAAGUGUUAUUCCUAGCAUUGCUCCAAGAUUUGAACUCGUGCAGCCUGUUGAAGAGCCUGUUUCCAGCUGGACAAGCAGUGGUGCACAGCAUGUUGGUACUCAGCACAAGCACACAGGUUUAACUUUCCCAGAUGUUGUGUCUGAACCACUUGUAUCUGCAUCAAUGGUUCAACGUUUCAGUAGCACUGAUUAUUCGAAAUUUCUCAGUGAACAAGAAAUGCUCUUAGUGAAUGGACUGAAUACUGUCAACUUAACUGGAAAUGGCUAUUUAAAGCAGAGACUGCAGCCUGGAUUGAGUGGUUUACAGUCUAUGGGGUAUUCAUCUCAGACACCUAUUGAACCUGGUGGUACCACUGCAAACUCGAUGCAUAAUCAUCUGAAAAUUACUGGAGAGAAUGUGCCCUCUACACUUGAUUCAGUUGUACCUUCAAUAGCUCCAUUAGGUGGCAUGCCAAUGAAAUUCACAGAAGCGCCACUAACUGCUUCAAAGAAGAACCCUGUUAGUCGUCCAUCAAAGCCUGUUGGGCCACCUCCAGGAUUUGAUCAUGUAGCCCCAAAGCGCCAAGAUGAUUCUAUUCCAGUUGAAAAACUGCAGAUCCCACAGGUUGAUGAUUACAGCUGGCUAGAUGGUUAUCAGCAAUCGAUUGAUCAUGUUCACAACUUAAGAACUGUUUAUUCUGGUGUCAGUGACAGCACUGCAUUUGCCACUCCAUUCCCCUUCCCUGGGAAACAACAGUUAUCUGGGAUGCAUGCACAAGGGGCUACAAAUGAAAAGACAUGGCAAGAUUUCCGUCUUUUUGAGCCUUCAAAACAGAACAUGCUCCAAAAUUACCACCAAAGAAAUCAGCAAAAUGGUCAAAUAGCUGAACAAGAGCCAGCAAAUUCUGUCUGGUCUAGCAGUUACCAUGUGUGAUUCAGUAACUUGUACCAGGAUGAUUGCUGGAGUUGCUGGGGACUAUUGGAUUAAGUGGCACAGCCUGAUCUAUUGAGCUUGGCCCGUACCUGCAGCACUCUGUUAAAUUUCUUUUGAGCAUGGUGGUCUUUGAAGCAUGACAAUGGCUGCUCUUAGGUUUGGGAUUGCCACCAUCUUCUGGGACAAAGAGGGAGUGGAGGAUGAUUGAUCUGUCGGCAGUCUGAUGGGGAUGAAUUAUACGAGGUCUUCAACGCUGACACAAAGGGUUAAUGAAACAAACUCGAAUCCAGUGAUUAUAGGCGCUCCGCACGGACCAUAUGAUUCAUCUCUCGUUGGACAUGUAGCUACAAGAAUGGUGUCAGUGGGCGGUUGCUGCCGCAACUAAAAGUCCAUUCAGUGUGGAUGUCAGUUGGGCUACGCUAUCUAAGAAUAAAAAGUUUGAGGAACAACGAGCAUGUUGCCAAGUAGUUUCUUAAGUAUAAGUUACUGCGUCUAGUUAUAUUGUUCCUUUCCUUUCGGAAACAAUGUGUCAUGUUGCUGUCGCGCUAGUUGCAAGUUGCAAUUAAACGUUUGGAACAGUUUGUCAUGUUAUUUGUGUGGCUUCUAUAUGGCUAUAUGUUUGCUGGAACUGUAUGGACCAACCCUCGGUGCUACCUACAAAAGUCUAUGAUUUGACUGAAUAUCUUGUAUGUUUCUAUUA